UAAGGCGACUGAUCAUUUCUUUUUCCUGACUGGAAUCCACAGGCCGUCUUUUCUCCUGACUGCACAAGAUGUGGGAGGCACUCGAGAGGUCUAUUCUCAUCCUUGGCCUAUAUUGGACAUGCGUGUCAGCCAACCAGUGUGCUCCCGGGUGGCGCGGGUACGGCACCAGCUGCUACAAGAAGAUGGAAUUCCCCAACGGUUGGCUGGGUGCCUGGCACCACUGCGUCUCUGAGGGCGGCGACCUGGUCUCGAUCACCUCCUCGGCCGAGGAAGACUUUGUGAAUGGGACCAUGGGCAUGGACACCCCCUUCUGGCUGGGACUCUCCAACCAGAAAUGCGACGAGCUCUGGUGUCGCUUUGAAGGCGGGAGCCAGAAGCUGGCCUGGUCUGAUGGCGAGAUAAUAAAGCACACCAACUGGGCCCCAAAUCAACUGGAAAGCGCCCACGUCGCGUCCUGCGCCUACGUCAACCAAAAGGCUAAAAAGUAUCCCGGGAAGUGGAGGUCUGGCUCCUGCGCUUCCUCCUUAGCCUACAUGUGCAAACGGCCGCUGGACUGCCCGACGUGUUCCCCCAAAAGUGGUCCUGCUAUAGUGAAGACUUCUGACUGCGACGAUGGCAACAUCCUUUAUGGCUAUCAUUGCUAUUUUCAUGGCCCGAGUCUUGAAACUCAAGAGGAUGCUGAGGAGUUCUGUCUCGCCCGGGGAGCCCACCUGCCUCGCGUCCACUCUAAGCAAGAUGGCCAAUUCCUGUCUGAUCACCUUCAAAGUUAUCAUUUUCUUUGGGUGGGACUCAAGAAGAAGGGCAACAACUACAAGUGGAGUGACGGAACAGCUUUGGACUACGAAGAUCUCGAUGACAGAAGCUACUCCGGUGGUGACUGUGCAACAAUAUUUGAUGCACAGAUCUACCUGAACUUACCAUGCCACUGGAAGCAGUCAGUUAUCUGCCAAACAGCCAAGCGCGGCGGAGGGCGUCCACCAUUGGUGGGCGAACCUGACUGGACUGACAAAUGCGGCUGGUGGCUGGACCACCCCUCCAGCAACUUCUGCUACCUGAUCAUCCCACAGGCCACCAAGACCUGGCAGGAGGCGCAAGACCACUGCCAAGCCCACCAAGGGAACCUGCUCAGCAUCGCCGACUUGUACGAGCAGGACUUUGUACACGGUCUCAUUAGUCAGGCACAAGCGUCCUCUCUGUGGUUGGGCGCCAAUGUCUCACUCGAUGACGAUGACGGCAAAUGGAUUGACGGAUCCUCGUUCACGUUCAAGCGCCAUUGGGAAGGUGACGCCAAAGGGGGGCAUUGUCUUACCUUGCUCACUGGCAGUGGCGACUGGAAGUACGACCCGUGCGGCAACAAGAGAGGCUACGUCUGCAAGAAAAGAGGAAAAGGGUCACAGGGAGCUGCAGCUGAGUCCAUCUGACUUUGGGCGACAUCAACCUGGACUGGCCACCCAUCAAUCACAGGGCCAAUGCAAACUGGUAUAUUUAAUAAUUGAGAUACGAGAUGUGUGUUAUACAGUAAGUGCUUUUGAUGAAAUAUAUUAUGAUGAGUGGUGGUGAUACCCAUCUCCAUUAGUGUUUUUAUACAUAAAAAUAUUACAAUAGUAGAUUUAUAUGAAAGUGCAGUGAAAUUAAAUGUAGGCUCUACUCAAUCAUCUUUAUCACUGUGAUGAGGACCAUUAAAUUCAUUGCUCAUUUCUUUCCAGAGCUGCUUUGCUGGUUCAGGCAUUUUUUUCUCUCUACUUUUAUGCCAGACAAAAUGUCACAGAUUAUUUUUGGGAUCAGUGCAUCUUGUCUGAGCCAGGCGCAUUACCCAUCUCUGAAGCUAUUAUCUAAUAUCCUAUUUGCUCAAAGAGGGAGUCAAACAGUUUAUGAGGAUCUUCGAAAUAAGACAAAUGUCCAUGAACAAAUAUACAUAGUUUAUUCCUUUAUUCUGUUACAAAAGCACAAUGACUUUCUUCCUGGACACUUUGGCUAGAAAAAAAUACUCCUCCAAUCUCACCCCCUCCUUUAAACAUCUUAAUAUUUUUUUUCUUUUUUAGAUUCUUUGUCACAUCUUCCCUAGUUAAAUAAAACAGAACAAAAAACCCCCAAUGUUCUUGUGUCUGAACAGCAAUUAGAUUCUAAGAAUAAAAUACAGUGAAAAGGAAAAAAAAAUAUGGAUAUAUUCAAAUUG